AUGGAAAAGAAGUGGUUACUGGUCAGCGGAGAAAAGGUCAGUAAGAUCAGUCUGGUGGACUUGGCGGGAAGUGAGCGUGCUCAGAAGACAGGCGCCGUGGGGGAGCGGCUGAAAGAAGGCAGUAAUAUUAACAAAUCUCUAACCACAUUGGGCCUAGUUAUCUCUAGUUUGGCAGACCAAGCGGCAGGCAAAAGUAAAACUAACUUUGUGCAGUACAGGGACUCCACUCUAACAUGGCUUCUCAAGGACAACUUGGGUGGCAACAGCAAAACUGUUAUGAUUGCCACCAUCAGCCCGGCGGCCGACAACUACGAGGAGACAUUAUCUACGCUGAGGUACGCUGAUCGUGCCAAGCGUAUCGUCAACCAUGCUGUCAUCAAUGAGGAUCCGAAUGCCAAGAUCAUCCGGGAGCUGCGAAGUGAGGUGGAUUCUCUGAGGGAGCAGCUUUCAGUGGCACAGAGCAUGCAGGCCCCUGAUCUGAAGGAGAGGUUAGAAGAGUCUGAGAUGUUGGUGAAGGAGCUCACUAAGACCUGGGAAGAGAAGCUGUCUGAAACAGAGAGAAUACACACUGAGCGUCAUGCAGCGUUGGAGAAGAUGGGAAUCUCAGUACAGACAUCAGGUAUCAAAGUGGAACACAACAAGUACUACCUGGUCAACUUGAAUGCUGACCCUUCUCUGAAUGAGUUACUGGUUUACUACCUGAAGGACCACACCUUAGUGGGACGAGCCGAUGCUCCUGUUGAACAAGACAUCCAGCUUCAGGGGCUGGGGAUUAUGCCCGAACACUGUGUCCUUGACCUUGAGAACCAAGAUGUCUACCUGACACCAAUAGAGGGAGCCAGAACUUGCGUAAACGGCUCGGUGGUGACGGAGAAGACUAGAGUGAUAAACGGAGAUCGUAUCGUUUGGGGAAAUAACCAUUUCUUUAGGAUCAACUGUCCAAAACAAGCAAGCAGCCCGUCACAGGAACAGGAGUCAGAAAAUGAACACGACCAAACCAUCGACUAUGAUUUUGCUCAAAUGGAGCUGAUGAUGAAAGAACUGAACAAUGAUCCCAUUAAGGAUGCCAUGAGUGCCAUAGAAAAACAGCACGAGAUGGACAAGCAAGGCGCCCCCAUUAUAUCACCCAGGACAAUUCAAAGCAUCACUGCUGCCCUUGAGAAACAAAGGCAAAUGUACGAAGAGCAGAUGCAGAUGCUACGCAAUCAGUUGAUGUCACCUGGGACGCCAUCGCAGCCAUUCCUGUCACCAGGGGGCUCACUACAGAAUGUCACGCCCAGUACAAUACAUCCCAAAUAUCAACAGUGGGCUGAGGAAAGGGAGAAGUUAUUUAAGCAGAGUUUGACCAAACUCCAAGAAGAAGUGGUCAAGGCCAACUCUUUGGUCAGAGAGGCCAAUUUACUGGCCCAAGAAAUGUCCAAGAAAACGGAAUUCCAUGUCACGCUACAAAUACCAGCACAAAAUUUAAGUCCAAACAGAAAGAAAGGAACAUUUGUCUGCGAGCCUGCCAUCUUGGUGAAGCGUAAGGGAAAUGCUAAUCAGAUCUGGAGCAUGGAGAAACUGGAGAACAAACUGAUCGACAUGAGGGAGUUGUACGAGGACAGGAUCACCAAAAAUCUCCCGCUCUCUGUCAGCGAUCCGGUAGUUAUACGUUUGGAGGAUGGCCCUGUUCCAAGAGGCGAUCCUUUCUACGAGUCCCAAGAAAACCACAAUCUGAUUGGAGUGGCUAAUGUCUUCCUGGAGUGUUUGUUUUAUGACGUCAAGCUGGACUAUCAGGUCCCCAUAAUAAGCCAGCAAGGAGAGGUUGCUGGUCGACUUCAUGUAGAAAUCUCUAGAUUAUCUGGUGCUAUAGCAAAUCGUCACACUGACGCCAGCUCAGAGAGCAGCAACGAGAGUAACAGAACGGAGGAUGAUGAGGACGAUCAUGUGUUACGUAUGGAGCUGGGAGCUCCUAUGGUUUGUAAGGUUUAUAUUCAUGAUGCGAGGGGCAUCCCCCCUCAUCUCUCCCACUUUGUCUUCUGCCAGUACAACUUUUGGGGACACCCUGAACCCAUAGUUGUAGCCCCCAUUGUGGACCAGGAGGACAACUCUAACAAGAAGUCCUCUGGAAUAACGGUCAAGUUUGACCAUGUUAGAGAAUUUAAAGUAAACGUAUCAGAUGAGUUUAUAGAGCAUGCAUCUGAGGGGGCGCUGUCCAUCGAGGUGUGGGGCCACAGGAGCACUGGGUUCCUAGGUCCAUCUCAUACACUGGACAGUGUCCAAGCCAAGUACAGGUCACUAGCAGACAGGUGGGUGGAGCUGGUUCGUAAGCUGGAGAUGUGGGUGGAGAUUCACGAGCUGAACGAGGAGGGAUCAUACACGCCAGUAGAGGUGAUGCCAAAACCUGAGGUGCUGACUGGAGGGGUGUUCCAACUGAGACAGGGUCAAUCGCGGCGAGUCUUAGUCAAAGUACGCCCUGUCCCGGACUCUGGCACCUUGCCAAUCAUCUGUGAGGCGGUCACUAUGAUCUCUAUGGGCGGAGUGACCGCCAGGUCCAAGCUCCAGAAGGGACUGGACAGUUACCAGGAGGAGGACCUGAAAGUGCUGCGAGAGAAGUGGACGCAACUUCUGGACAGGCGGAGAGAGUACCUGGACGAGCAGAUUAAGAAGUUGGUUGGAAAGGAAGAUAAAAGUGAUGCAGAUAAUGAGAGAGAGCAGAACCUGUUAAACCAGUGGCAGGCUCUGACAGAGGAGAGGGGAACUGNUUCUUCAUUUCUAUAG